AUGAGGUGCUCCUUACGGAUAUGGAUUCUGAGCACCACCGCCCUCCUGUUCAUCAUGUCCCUCCUGUUCACCUUCUCCCACAAUGGCACCGAAGCCCCUGUGUACUCGGAGCGGGCAGGAUGGGCGUCCGCUGGAGGGCACCCUGUCCGCCUGGUGCCAGGUUACCCUGGGGUGAGGCAUCACCCUGCGGCUCCUAGCCUCGCCAAGGACUGCGCCUGCCGCUAUUGUCUGAGGCAGCCUGGUCCAUCCACCUGGUUUGACAGUCACUACGACAACGCCAUCUCACCCAUGUGGACGCUGGAGAAUCGGGAGUUGCCGCCGGAUGUCCAUCGCUGGUGGAUGAAGCUCCAGCCACAGUUCAAGUCUCAUAACACGCCGGAGAUCUUGUCGCAACUCUUCCAGAUCAUCCCUGGGCAGAACCCAUACAAGCAGCUCGAUCCGCUGAUGUGCUGCCGCUGCGCUGUGGUCGGUAAUUCGGGCAACCUGCGAGGUUCCGGCUAUGGAAAGGACAUUGACGGCCACAACUUCAUCAUGAGGAUAAACCAGGCCCCUACACUCGGCUUUGAGAACGACGUUGGAUCGAAGACCACUCACCAUUUCAUGUACCCCGAAAGCGCAAAAAACCUUCCGGCCAACGUCAGCUUCGUCCUGGUCCCUUUCAAAGCUCUAGACCUGCUGUGGAUCACCAGCGCCCUCUCCACGGGGAAAAUCCAUUUCACGUACGCCCCGGUGAAGCACUUCCUGCGGGUGGAUAAGGAUAAGGUCCAAAUCUACAAUCCAGCUUUCUUUAAAUAUAUCCACGACAGCUGGACAGAACAUCAUGGCCGCUACCCCUCCACCGGCAUGCUGGUCCUUUUCUUUGCUCUUCAUGUCUGCGAUGAGGUGAAUGUUUAUGGUUUUGGUGCGGACAAUCAUGGUAACUGGCAUCACUACUGGGAAAACAACCGUUACGCAGGUGAAUUCCGCAAAACUGGAGUGCACGACGCAGACUUUGAAGCGCAGCUCAUUGACACCUUGGCCCGGGAAGAGAAAAUCAAAGUCUAUCGUAGUACAUGA